AUGACCAGUGUUACUCCCAAAAAGAUAAUAAUAUUUGAAGGACACAGGAAUUUUAGAUUAAGAUUGGUGCUAGCCACAUUGUCGGGGAAACCUAUUAAAAUUACCAAAAUUCGAUCCCAAGACUUGAAUCCAGGUUUGAAAGAUCACGAAGUUUCUUUUCUCAGAUUACUAGAAGCCGUAACCAAUGGAUCACAUAUUGAAAUCUCAUAUACGGGUACAACAAUCAUUUAUAGACCCGGCAUUAUAAUAGGUGGAGAUCUUACUCACAAUUGUCCUGAUACAAAAUCUAUCGGAUAUUUCAUUGAACCAAUGUUAAUGUUGGCACCAUUUUCUAAAAAGAAAUUUAGCAUUAUUUUCAAAGGAUUAACUAAUAUGCCAGGGAAUGACACUGGUGUUGAUGCCAUUAAAUGGGGAUUAUUGCCAGUAAUGGAAAAGUUUGGCGUGAGGGAAGUUUCAUUGCAUAUAUUAAAAAGAGGAUCUGCCCCAUUAGGUGGAGGCGAAGUGCACUUGUUAUGUAACUCUUUGAUUCCGCAACCAUUAACUCUUCAUGCAUUAGAUGUUCCUAAAUUUUCUGCCAUCAGAGGCGUUGCUUAUUGUACAAGAGUUUCCCCAUCGAUUGUUAAUAGAAUGAUUGAUUCAGCAAGAGCAGUUUUGAAACCCACAGGAUGUGAAGUUAACAUCACUGCAGAUGUCUGGAGAGGUGAAAAUUCAGGAAAGUCACCAGGAUUUGGAAUCACUUUGGUUGCUGAGCUGAAGCGUGGUUGGAGAAUUGUUACUGAGAAUGUUGGUUCUGCUGGGAGUUUACCAGAAGAUGCAGGUGAGUUAACUGCUUACCAGUUGCUAGAGGAAAUAACAAAUAGUGGAGUUGUUGGGAGAUACCAGUUACCAUUAGCACUUGUGUAUAUGACUAUUGGAAAAGAAGAUAUUGGUCGCUUGAAAAUUCAAAAGAAUGAGAUUGACGAGAAUUUGGUGUUUGUGCUCAGAGAUAUACAAGAAGUUUUUGGCACUGAAGCAUUUUUCAAAGAUGACGCAGAAGAGCUCGAUGGUGAUGACAAGUAUAUGACCAUUUCUAUCAAGGGAGUAGGGUUCACCAAUGUUUCUAAAAAAAUAGCUUGA